CUGGGUGUCACUGCCCCCGGGUCACGCGUGGGGCGGUACCGGGGGAGCCCCGCCGCCCCUCACUGAGACCCCGGCAGCAGGAGCCGCCCGGCGAGGCAUGGAGCCCCCUCCCGAGCGCCCAUGGGACAGCCCGAGCGUGGCGGACACUGCUGCUGAGUUCCUGAGCCUCAUCGGGCUGAAGGAGCUGGAGGGGUGCCUGUUUGCUGAGAGGCUGGCAGUGGUGGCCGUGGGGGCCUCACCAAGGGACAAGGCACAGGGCCAGUGGUGGAUGGCAGCCCAGUGGGCACCCUACCAGCAGGAAGGUGCACCCAUGCAGAGCUGCAUCCUGGUGCAAACCAGGUUCCGAAGCAAGCACAAUGGUGUGCCUGUCUCCAGCAGCCUCAAAGCCUAUUUGACGUGGCAGCUGGAGACCCUGGAGCAGGAGGAGCAGGAGUGCCUGGAGCUCACACCGCACCCCACCGAGAAGAGGACCCACUUUGUGAGCCACGAGUACGGCAUGACGGUGACCAGGACCCUGCAGGAGGGAGGGGCAGAGCCGCAGUGCCACAGCUUCUCGUACGGCCGGGCCAGGCUGCGGGCGCGGCUGCUGGAGGGCGCCAGCCUGCUGCUGCUGCGGGUGCUGGCCCGCCGGCAGACAAUGCCGCCCGGGCUCGUCUUCCCAGCCAUCAACAGCGAGGGCGACCUCUGCACCUUCAGCUAUUCCACCCUGGGCAUCCAGCGGCAGGCGGUGGGCUCGGCAGAGACAGAGGUGUUCGUGAUCCGCCGAGCCGUGCGCGCCAGCACCGGCGCCCCCAGCGUGUGGCACAGCAGCUUCCUGCCCAGCGGGCAUCUGGCUCAGCUGAUGCAGAUCGGCGCCCCGGUGCUGAUGCUUCUCCAGGACGAGUCCAUCCUCAGCAAGUCAGGUAGGUUCGCACCCCAGCUCCCCUUCCCCAAAGAACCCCUGGAAUGGGAUGAGGACAUGGAGCUCUACUCGUAUUUCCUGGACAGGAAGGUAAGAUGGACAUGGGGACAAGGGGACCUGGGGCUGUGCCAGUCUCCAGCAAGGUCUCCCCUGGUGUGCCCAGGAGACACACAGAGGGGGCAGGGGACAAACAUCCUUCCUCACACCCUCUCAAGUGUGGGAAAGGACCCGGGCUCCUGUCCCCCUCACCCUGGCAUAGUGUCCAUGGGGGAAAUGUGUGUUUGUGCCCACCCCACCCAUCCUGUCCACCCCACUGCAGGAGGAGCUGCAACUCUCCCAUGCUGCCUACCUCCAGCAGCACCCUGAGGUGCGGGCACUGCUGUCUGACUUCCUACAGGCAUUGCUCCACCAGCAGCCAGACGACACCAUCUCCUUUGCUGCGGAAUUCUUCGCCCACCAGCGGCCCGUUGGGAGCCCCUUUGCCUCCACUGGUGCUGCCAGCCCCCUCCCCAGCUCCCCAGCUGGCCCCCCUCCAGCUAACAGCAAAUAAAGCAGCCAGCACUGCC